AUGUUAAAACCUGGUGGUUAUUUGGAGUUGAUGGAAUGUAACGUAUUAUCUGAAAGAUUAGGUCCAACUUCAUUUAAAUUCGCAUCUGCUUUGAAGAAUAUAUUCGAUCAACGAGGACUUGAAACAAAAAUGGUUUCAAAAUUAAAAUCUUAUAUUGAGCAACAAGGACAAUUUGAAGAGAUCAAAGAUGAAAUCAAACAUUUAAGCGGAGGCUCUGAAGCCGGUAAACUUGGUCAAGCACUUAAUGACGAUAUCAUAAGUGUUUUCAAAAAUGUAGAAGUCUUGUUGGUUCCAGAUUUACAAGUCACUCCCGAAGAAUAUGAAAAAGACUUAAAGGACAUAAAACAAGAAUG